UCCCAGCUCAGCAGCCCCGUCCCCGGGGGAGCCAAUGGCCGGGUGGCCCCGCGCAUUAGCCUGACAUGUCAUCCCAUUAAUUACCUUCUGGCUAAUCCCGGCUGAGCCGGGCUGGGGCGAGCAGGGCUCGGCUGCCGGCCAUGGCUGCGCACACCCCUCUGCCCCCCAACCUCCGCUGGGGCUUGGCGGCCUUCAGCGGCUCCCUCUUCAUCAACAACAAGACGCGGGACAGUGGCGCUGCCCGCUCCUACCCCCCAGCCCACGAGGUGCUGGCCAGCCUGCCCCUCCAGAUGAUGCUCUACUUCAACGUCUACUACUUCCCGGUCUGGUUCCUGGCCGAGGGGAUGAUGCUGCAGCUGAAGUACCAGCUGCUGCCUCGGCACUACCAGUUCCUGCUGGUCGCUGCCUUCCUCAUCCUCUCGCUGGCCGAGGGCUCCCGUCUCUACCUGGGCUACGUGGGGAACCUGCAGGAGAAGGUGCCCGAGCUGGCCGGGUUCCUCCUCCUCUCCUUCCUGAUCCAGCUCCCCCUCCUGCUCUUCCUGCUGAGCGACAGCCACGUCAUCCGCCUGCCCCUGGAGAUGGCCGUGCACAGCCUUUUCCUGGCCUUCCUCCUCGCCGAGAUCCCGGCCGCCUUCCUCGCGCUGAAGACCAUGACCAAGCAGCUGGCGGCACAGUUCUACCUGCGGCAGCUCAAGGAGGACGGCAGGGGACAGGGGGGGACAGGGGGGCAGGCAGCCGAGGAGGGGGCGAUACUGUGGGACCCCACCAUCCCACGCUGUCCCAGCAGGGAGCAAUAA